ACUCAUAUUGCUCUUUUAGACGGGGUGGAAUCAAAAGCUUUUCGUCUUAUCAACUUUUCUUCUCUAACUGCCUCUCUUCAGCCUCUUUCUCAUUGCCUCAAUGUUACAUCUUUUGCUAUCUUCUACCGCUACUUUCAUGCCAACUGCUCUUCUGAUCUUGCUAAUUAUAUCCCCCACCUCCUCCCGCGGCCUCGCUGCACAAGACUUUCUUCUUUCUCUCACCCCUAUUCUGUCCACUUCUCUAAUGUAAGAGUUAACUAGUACUCUCAAUCAUUCAUCUCUUUCUCUGGUAAACUUUGGAACUCCCUGCCUGCUUCUGCAUUUCCACCUUCCUAUGACUUGAACUCUUUCAAGAGGGAGGUUUCAAGACACUUAUCCUGUAAUUUUUGACUACCACUUUUGACACUGUUCGGGGACCGGUACCUCAUUGGGCUUUUUUUAAUUUUUUUUUUUUAUUAUCAUUGUUUUGUUGCUCUUGGCCGGUGCCCUUCAUAUAUAAAAAAAAAAAGUGAUUUUCAGUUUGUACAUAGCUGAUCUCACAAUUUAGUACAUGCGAACCCGGUUAAUGACAGAUGUUUCUAUUACUGUGUGUGUGUGUGUGUGUGUGUGUGUAUGUGUGUGUGUUGAAGCAAACUUCCCACCAGCAGGCAAGGGGCGUUUCACAUCUUUGAAGGAUUCGGGGCGUGUAUGUCGGGGUAAAGGGUUAGGCGGCUGGGAACAGCCGUGGCUCUGACUCGGUCACUCUCAGUGAGAACAGUCACACAGAGCAGGAAAACAUGCUUUGCUGUAUGUCCAUAUAUACAAGUAUACAAGUCACCGUGCAAUACAGUCACGACACGCAGGCAGGCACAGGGGCAACAGACACUCACCUUCACAGUCAGUCAGUUUCACACGCGAAUUCUACAAGGGCUCAGCUCUCUUUCCCUUUCUCUCGCUCACGGGUCUUAUCGCGUCGCGGUCUCUGUACUCUCUCUGUCUCUCAGUGCCAUGGAGUGCCUCAAUUCCUGCCUCCCAGUGUCGUCACCUCUGCCUGGCGAUACCUAACUACAUCUAUUCUAGCUUGCAAGACAUAACAACGAGUCAUGACGAUUUAUUACUGCUAAUGGUGAUUGCUGCUUAAACUAUGUAUGCGCGCACACACACACACACACUGGCUGGCUUCCGUACUUACAAGACGUGGUCGCUCCUGCUGCUUCACCUCAAAGUUAUAAACUGCUGCUUUUAAAACUUCCUGUACUUGGAUGCAAGACUUGGACAACCUGCUGCUCUACAGUGUUGUUUCUAUAGUGUUGUUUCUGCUUGCAAUGGAUACCAACUCCAUUAAACUAUUACUAGAUUCGCAAGAGAGAACCUUUUGGAGUGUUAUGGACGUUUUAGUGAAACAGUUCGAAGCCAGGAUCUCGUCAAUGGAAGUGACAAUUACCGCAUCUUUUGUUUGGAAGGACGCGUCAUGAUUGUAGAUUUACUUGGCAGAAGUAGUAUCCAACCUGAGGGAGUACUGUCAAGGGAAACUAAUCAAGGCGGAAAGACAGUCAGACGAACGGCUUUCUCGCACACCAUCUCUGUUAUGGACAUCUCGAGAGACCUUGAGGAAAGCAAGUGUACCUGAGUCAUGGAGCAGUCUGAAGCUUCAGAAUUUCAGACAAUCCACCCAAGCCAUCACUACCUCUCUCUAGAACCAGCAUGCAAAAGGCUGAAGGAUGAUUUUAGUCACCAAGAAAUGAUGAAGACAAAAAAGAAUGUAUUUGAAUGUCCCAUCUGUAAGGUGCAAAUGUCUACAAGACAGGCACUCUGGAAACAUAAGAAAAGAAAGCAUCCUGAGGCAACUAAAGAAGAAAGCAAAAACAAAAAUUCACUUCAAUGUAUGGACUGUGAAUUCAGAUGUCCUCGAGUAGUGGAUUUGAUAAAACAUUAUGAAAAUCAUCAUGACAGGAAACUUUCUCUUCAGACUCAAGAUUUUGCAACAGAAGGAGAGUUUUUAAAUUGGAAGGAGGAGGAAGAGAGACGAACUAAAGCCUCCUUUGUGCAGCACUGUGGGCCCCGACAGAGAGAGAGUGCUAUUGUGCAAUACUUUUACUGCAAUAGGUCUGGCUUUUUUGUAACAAAAGGAGAGGGAAAAAGAAAUUUGAAAAGACAAGGUUCCUCUAAGAUAGGUGCCACAUGUCCUGCUUUUAUUAAGUUUACUUUGGACAGAAGUACCAACCGGGGCACUGCUGAGUAUUGUCUUGAUCACACCCAUCCUUGUGAUUAUGCUCACCUGAGGCUGUCUGAUGGGAUACAGAAACGUGUUGCAACUCACCUUGCUAAGGGAGUUAAGAUUGAGGCAAUAUUGGAUGAUGUGCGCUGCAGUGUUCAGGCAUCAGAUCGUGAUGCAUACAUAGUUCGAAAAGAUGUUCAUAACAUUAAGCAUAGGAUUAGUCGUUUAAGUGUUGAUGUGAAAGAAAGACAGCCAGAGAAUGUCACUUGUAUAAGUUUACUAGUACAUGAAAUGAGUUCACAAAAGCUCAGCCCAAUUUUGUACUAUAAAGGGAAAGGAGUUGAAUCAGAUGUGCAUGAUGCAAAUGAUAUAUUAAUUGGGAUUCAGACAGAAUUCCAAAAGGAUAUGUUUUUAAAGUAUGGGAAAAAUUGUGUUUGUAUUGAAAGCUUACAUGAAACAAAUCAAUUUGAUUAUUUUCUUAUUAUAGUAAUGGUUAUAGAUGGCAUGGGAGAAAUUUUACCUGUUGCUUGGUUAAUUUCAAACAAAGAAGAUUCAUGUGCAUUAACAACAUUUUUUCAAGCCCUAAAAGACAGAAUAGGUAACUUUGAAACAGAUAUACUCAUGAGUGACUCUGCCAGUGCUUUCUAUAAUGCGUGGGUGUCAGUCUUUCCUACUCCCAAAAAGAGGUCUCACUGUAGUUGGCAAGUUGAUAAGUGUGGGCGUAAAAAAUUACAGACUCAUAUACCAGGCAGUAAGGUCAGUGAAGAGGAAAGUCAGCAUCUCAAGACAUGUAAUUAUGGACUGAAUGAGCAAAAAUUUCGCAAAAUGGUCCAGGAACUUGAGUCUUGGCUGUCAAAUGUUAAAACUCUGCUCACUUUUCUUCAUGGGAAUAUUUGUUAGGAAUUUGUAAUUUGUUAAGUACUUUAUGUUAACGUUUCAUUCCUUCUGCUGUAUGUAUUUGUUUGAGACUGAAAAGGUUUAUUAGAAGGGGUCCCUAUUUACUGUCAGCUGAUUCAUCAAACAUUAGGGAAGUAAGCCUCUGUAAUAUAUAAUCUGAAUGUGGGAUUUUGAACCACAAAAGAGCCAUGCGGAUUUAGUAAGCACACAUGCUAUCUGAUGGUUUGGGAGGAGUUGCCGAGAGUGUUGGCAGCAUUGAGGUCUUAGGGUAGGCAGGCCUGAGUGGUGGUAUGUGUGCGUGCGUACGUGCGUGCGUGCGUGCGUGUGUGUGUGUGUGUGUGUGUGUGUAAUACAAAAAUUUUAGGAAUACACAAAUUCACAAUCAAUAUACAACUAAUAGGGUGCAACAUCAAACUCAAACAAAGGGCAUAUACAAAUUACAAAGUAUCAAUCAUUACUGCAAUACUGAUAAUAUAAUUGAAUACUAUGACAACAGAAAACAACAGGGCUUCCACUUGGCCCUCCAACUCAAACUGCUGUUUCUUCUUUCUCCUCCUCUUACUCCUCCUCCAAGAUCUGUCUCUGGUAGUAUGCCAGGACCUGUGGUCUUCUCUGCUCCAUUGGUAUGCAAGCUUUCUCCUGCAGGGCAUCUUAUUGAGAUCUCUUCUCCAGCAACCAUAGCUGUGCCAACUCUGCCUGUGACUCUGGUCACUCCUCUGUCUUUGCUGUCUUCUUGGUCCUCUGCCUUCUCUACUUCUCCGCCAACUCUCACCUCUCCUCCUCUCUUCACUAUACACCCUGCUUCAUCUGUAUCUUCUCAUUGUACAAGUUUCAGAGUCACCUUGCAAAGACAUCCCUGCAUCCUUGCACAUUGAAUGCAAUGACCCCAUUAGGGACUGUAGUCUCCUGGUGCACUAUCAUGGCAGUGCCAGGCAAAAUGCUUACUGGCCAAACAACACUCUCAAUUGGGCCUGCAUUGCAAACACCAUUACUCCCACUUGCCCACUCCUGGCUCCAUGGAGCCUCUGUGCCACACCCAUAAAAUUGAUAAAACAAAAAUGGCACUUCCUUGGCAAAACUAAGAGGGGCCAUCUUGCUACUCUUAACAAAACAAAAUUCCUUCCAGGUGUGACACAACCAAAUCUGCUUCCGACUGUCAGGAACAGCUACACUUAUCAUUAUGUCUCAUUCCUCCCUCCAGCCCCUUGAUGACACAAGCAUCGUCACAGUGAGCUAACGGCUGUUCCUUUCCAGGACACAGCACACCCAUCCCCACACAUGGAGCCAAAUAGAUACACGUGGCCAUCACAAAGCAAACCCUGGCUCCAACAUGAGCCCAGCCAAUGUGCCACUGGGCCAGCCCCACUGGUCCCAGCAACUGUUCCCGUAUGCAAACGCUUCUCAUCACACCCAAUACUUUGUUGCUUUGAGGAAGCUAACAUCCAUCAUUACAUACUUUCCUGCUCGGACCCAGCACCUGACAAGUACUAACAGCAUGGCCAACAGCAGCCCCCAGCAACACUGAGGGUGCUUCCCAAGCAGCAAGCAACACACUAUCACCAGCAGCCUUACACAGCUUUGCCUCUCGACAUGGCACUUUAACACGUGUUCAAUACACCAUAACUUGUCCCAGAAGGAGGAAUUGGGUGAGCAACAUUACAAACAAUCCCUACACCAAGGGAAACAACACUAACCAUAACACAACAGAGAGGGGCCCUAGAGAAGAGGUCAUCAGACACAGAUUCAGUGUGUGACAUAUUGACAUAAGGGAAAGUUAUCCCUUGUGAGUGCUCCUUGCUUCGGCAAACAAAAUGGCUGUGUUUGUUCUAAAGAAAGUGUUCUACUGAGGUGAUGUGUGAUGCCUGGAAAAUAUACAGGCCAUGAUUACAUAGUACUAAUGUUAGAGUUUCAACGGAAUGGUGAAAUGAAUAGAAAAAUAAGUCAUAUAACUAUUGUGAGUGAAAAGACUGAGUGGAGUCCCUCGUCCCAUUUCUUCACCAAUGCACUCACAGUCUUUUCACUUGCAAUAGUUAUAUGGCUUAUUUUUCUGAUCAUUUCAGCAUUCCAAUGAAACUCCAACAUUUUUACUAUGUAAUCGUGGCCUGUGUAUUUUCCAUGCAUCACACAUCACCUCAGUAGAACACUAUUUAAAACUAAUACAGCCAUUUUGUUAGCAGAAGCAAGGAGUGGUCACAAAAGAUAACUUUCCCUUCUGUCUAUAUGUCACACACUGAAUCCAUUAUUCUGUGCUUUCAAAAAACAUGUGAGGGACUAACCUAAGUUGUCAUGUAGUUAUUUUCUCCCAGCAGGUUUUAUCAGACUGAGGAGUGAGUUGCCAGUUUGUGCAAUGUGAUGCUCAAGUUGGCGGGAGUUCUAAUCGUGAUUGUCGGUGACUGUGCAUAUAUAUAUAUAUAUAUAUAUAUAUAUAUAUAUAUAUAUAUAUAUAUAUAUAUAUAUAUAUAUAUAUAUAUAUAUAUAUAUAUAUAUAUAUAUAUAUAUAUAUUGCACAACAACAAUGUAAAUAACAAUAUAUUUACAUGUUGUUUCUAAUUUUUGUUUAUUACAAAGAUGAAUAAGAAACAAAUUGAAAAAAAUGUAAAAUUUGAAAAUAGAUAUUAUAUACAACAUUGGAAUUUGUAUGGUUAGCAGUCACAGUUUUCUAUGUCUCCUCAUGGCCUGCAAUAGAUUAUGUAGAUAUUUUAUAGGAAACUGUGUGAGGGUGUAUCUAUUUCACUGGAAUUAUAAUUAUCAGUCACAUUAGAACGGAAGCAAGAUAUUGAUGAGGCUACAGCAUGCAUCCACUCCUCCUUCCAUGCUGAUCAGGUGUGCAUACAGUAGGUUUACCACCAACUCUUUAAGUAACACUUUUAAAAGGCUGAGAUCCUGUGAUUUAACCUUUAAAUUAGAUUAUUAAAAAUGUAAAUUUUGUUAUUGAAUAUAUUUGUACAGUUGCAAUACUUUUCUACCAUGAAUCAGAGAAUAAAACCUUUCCAAAUGGGA